AUGUUAGUUUUAAUGAAAAUUCUUAAUAAUUUCUUAGCUAGUAUAAGUGGAAGCAGAAUAAUUUCGAUUACCUACGUUCACUCUACCAGCGGGGCUAUUGACGUUAAUCCCUACUAAUAUAUUGACUAUAAUAUAAUAGUUAUCUACUCUUUUUACCACUGCCACCCCUAAUUAGACUACUUCUUCUCCCACUACAAAUUAGGAAACAAGCCAGACAGUCGCCCCUAUUCAAACAUAAUAGAAUACAAUUCUAAUUACAUAAGCUUCAUCAACAGUAGAAAUAAUUACAGAAGCACCAUCAGCAACCUCACUCAUAGAGGCCUAAAUUACAAUUAUAACAACAGAAUCACCAACUGUUUAAUUAGCUCAAACACCAACUGUGACUUUAGCCUUGGAAUUAUCAACUACAGUUUAGGCAACAUAAUCACCAACUACGAUUCAAAUCGCUCAAAUACCAAUCGUAACUUCAGAUUUAGGUCUAUCAGCUACUGUUCCAGUAACAGAAUCUCCAAUUACGAUUCAAAUUCCUCAAACACCAACUUUGACUUUAGCCUUAGAGUUAUCAACUACAGUUUAGGCAACAUAAUCACCAAUUACGAUUUAAAUCGCUCAAAUAACAACAGUAAAUUUACCUAAGCACCAGCUGCAACUUUAGCAUAACAAUUAUAAAUUACUGUUCCAAUAACAUAAUUGCCUUCUGCACCUUAAAUUACAUAAGUACCAUUAAUAGAUACAAUCACAAAUACAGCUACAAUAGUAGCAACAGACUAAGCUAUUGUUACUAUAAUCACAACUAAAGCCACUCAAAGUGUAACGCAUCUCUAUGUUUUCCUAUAAUUACCGAAGAACCCACAACAACUUAAUUCUAUUUUGAAUGGUGCCCUCCACCCGAACCAAAGGUUAAUUACAAUGAUAAAAAUAAUAAAAAAAGAUUUCUGA